AUGCAUGUUCAAUUCGGUCUGAGAUCAUUUGCUUCUUUACCCUUCACAACAAGGUUCUUCUUGAUUCCGUUUUUUCCAAUCGCUGUGAUAGUUUUGAUACUGAUGUGGCUUUGGUCCAAGACUUUUCUUGUUUCUUUCUACUACCUUAAGGGGAGACUGCAUCAAACAUGGGUUGUCCCUAGGUGUGGCUUUCAGUAUUUCUUACCAUUUGCUACCGAGGGUAUCAACAAGCAUAUUGAGAAUGCUAUCCUCACGGCAGAUAAAAUUGGUGUUAAAGUCAUAAGCUUGGCUGCUUUGAAUAAGAAUGAAUCUCUAAAUGGUGGAGGAAAACUGUAUGUGGACAAGAACCCAAAUCUUGGAGUUCGAGUUGUUCAUGGCAACACUUUAACAGCGGCUGUGAUCUUAGAUGAAAUCCCCAAAGAUGUUAAAGAGGUUUUCCUUACUGGUGCAACUUCCAAGCUUGGAAGAGCAAUUGCUCUCUACCUCUGCAGAAACAAAGUCAAAGUGCUGAUGUUAACACUAUCAACGGAAAGAUUUCAGAAGAUUCAAAAGGAAGCACCACAAGAAUACCAAAGUUACCUAGUUCAAGUCACAAAAUACCAAGCAGCACAGCACUGCAAGACGUGGAUUGUUGGCAAGUGGAUCACUGCAAGAGAGCAAAAAUUGGCGCCAAGCGGAACACAUUUCCACCAAUUUGUUGUGCCACCAAUAUGUGCAUUUAGAAAAGAUUGCACUUAUGGUGAUCUAGCAGCAAUGAGAUUGCCGGAGGAUGUGCAAGGUCUUGGGUGUUGUGAGUACACAAUGGAUAGAGGAGUUAUUCACGCAUGUCAUGCAGGAGGAGUUGUGCAUAGUCUUGAGGGUUGGACUCAUCAUGAAGUUGGAGCCAUUGAUGUUGAUAGGAUCGAUGUUGUUUGGAAAGCAGCACUCAAACAUGGUCUCACACCUUUGUCUUCGGGAUCUACUGCAAAACCAAAUUAA